CUUCCGGUUGCUAGGAUCACGAUGUCUCCACAACAACCUAACUGGAUCUAGCUUUACGCAUCGUUUCUCUCCGUUAAACAUGUAAGGAAUAAGUUUGGUUCCUCCUGUAGCUAAUUAUAUCUCCCUUUAUAGUACAGCAGCGUUAUAUAAAUACAGAAAUACAUAUAAACAUAGGUAUACACCUUUAUAUUUUUUAUUUCUGUGAGACCCGGAGCUGAAAUGAGCAAUAAAUCAUCAGGAUAGCUAACCAAAGCUCCAUGUUUAAUGUUUAAUGUUUUGGAUAGCGGUGUUAGUUUAAAGCUGGUGGGUUAUCUUUAUUAUAUUUGACUAAAAUGACCGGUCAAAGAUAUGAGGGGAAUAAAUUCACAGUGCCAUUACGAUAGAAAUCUAACCUCAGAUUUCAGAACCUCUUUCCAACCCAAACAGGAAGUGAGACCGGAAGUGAAGUCCCCAGAUAUUUACUGAGAUUUAGAAACCCCUUUUUUGGACUGUAACUGCUUCAUCGCGGUGGUGGAACCGGAGCCUGUCUCAGGAAAUACGCCCUGGACGGGGACGCCGGUCCAUCGCGGAGCACCACACGUACCGAGGAGACGUAGUGUUCGCCGAUCCACCCGCUGGCAUGUUUCUGGGAGCUUGGAGGAAACCGGAGAACCCAGAGGAAACCCGCGUCGAGAACACAGACACUAACCUGAGAGAUUCCUAAUACACCUUUUGCAUAUACACACUGAACUGACGCCAUGGCAGAAACGGCCGAGAGCAAGAAGGAGGAGGCGGACUACAAGCGGCUGCACAGUUUCCCUCUGAUUAGGCACACAGACAUGCCGGAGGAAAUGAGGACAGAGACGAUGGAGCUGUGUGUUACAGCGUGUGAGAAGUUUGCCACCAAUAACGAGAGCGCAGCCAGGAUGAUAAAGGAGUCGAUGGACAAGAAGUUCGGCAGCUCGUGGCACGUGGUGAUCGGCGAGGGCUUCGGCUUCGAGAUCACGCACGAGGUGAAGAACCUUCUGUACAUGUUCUUCGGGGGAAGUCUGGCCGUGUGCGUGUGGAGGUGCUCCUAACACUCGCUCGUACCCUUCCCGAAGCACAAACCGACCGCUGGAGAGAACUCACGAUAUCCCUGAUCCCUGAGCGAGGACGUUUAGAGAGAAAAACGUGUGACAUUUCACGUUUUUCUCUUUGUUUGACGACUCUCUCUCUCUCUGUGUACUGCCAGACCAUCUGUGUGUUUGGUGCUGUUUCUGCUUCUCUCUCUCUCUCUCUCUCUCUCUCUCUCUCUCUCUCUCUCUCUCUCUCUCUGUCUGUCGCUCUCAUUCUACACCUCCUCUCCAACUGUCCCUCUCAGCCUGUCUUUCUUUGAUACCUGAUGUUCAGGAAAUGUAUUUUUAUAAUAAUAAUAAUAAGAAGAAAAAGAAUUCUAUUUUCCUAGUCUUAGCUGUGAAUAUUUCAUGUAUAUAGUUUAUAAAAUGUCACCUUUUGCACAAUUUGUGAAUUUGUUUUUGGACUGUUACUGUGGAAUAAAAACCUUCUCGAUGCA